CCGCCCAAAUUCGAUUUAGCCUUGCCUGAAUCUCUUUCCCAUUUGGGAUAUAUAACCCGUACGUUACCCCUUGUUGCCCCAUGCCCCCCGGAACUCCCUUAUUUCCUCAUCACUCGGCUACUGUUCCCCCGGCUUAUUCUCCCCUCGCGGUACAUAAAUAAGGCCCAAACACUCCACCCAUCCUAGUCUCCCCUCCCCUGGUAACCCCCCUGCUCUCUGAUCUUAAGAUCCCUCAUCUUAUCUCCCACUCUCCGGUCUCGUGCCCCCCUCUUGCUUCACUCUACCUCUACAUCAUGGAAGACCAUGAACAUAUGCUCGGAUCAGUCAAGUACCAGAACCACGGUCCCUCUAUCAGUCGGAUGGCAGUAUCAUCACAACAUGACGCUCUCGUCGUGUUCGAAGCUGCUCGGCGCGGACUGAUUCCCGUCAUGCGCCAUCGUCUAACAGAGAACGAAAAGGACAUCCAUAUCGUACCCGGCACAGUCUACGUCUGGGAGGAAGCGAACGCCUCUGAUCGUUCCUCACGCUGUCUCCGUCGCUGGACCGACGGGGUCAAGUGGUCCCAGUCUAGGAUGCGCGAGCCUUUCCUCUUCUACGAGGAGGUACCCCCAUUCGAGCGCACCGAAGCCGACCGCCGCAACAAGACCCGACAUCCCUCGCGCAGGGAUAGGAUCAUCAAGCCUGACGGGCUGAAGAAACUCACAUUCACAGCGCUCGUCCGUCUUUCCCCGGACGACCCGAUGGACAGGUGGGCGAAAUGGCACCUCGUCUGCUACAUGACACAAAACGACCGUACCGUCCCCGCUGUCUCUGAACAUCCCGAACUGUCCCAGGUCGAGGUACCCGAUGGUGUCUUCUACGACUGCAAGGGCAUCGCGCUCGACAACGCGCCCAGACAGACUGUUAAGUGGCCCCGCGAGCCACUUACGGUUGACACGAUGAGCAUGGCGAUGAUGUCCCCUCCACACUCGGAUCGCGACAGCCCCCUUUACUCGCCUGUACACGGCCCGUCUGGCAAGUACAUGGUCAACAUGCCUGUGCCGCCAAUGUCGCCGCCCGCGUCGCCAGGGGAGAUGGACCACCGUCCAUACUCACACUAUCCUCAUCCGCCGUACACGCCGGAUACUCCACCGCACAUUGCCCUAGCUCCGCCGGGACGCUCAUCUUAUUCCGGACGCCCGGAACCUGGUUACCAUGGUCUUCCAACCCCUUCUCCGAUGCACGCGCCUGCGCGGCAUCCCCGCCUCCCGGGGCUUGCGGAUGUUCUCCGCGCCCAUCUUCCGGACCUCGACGGUCCGGACCCCACUCGCCAAUCUGGUAGACCGGGCCCACAGCUCCCGCCUUUGAGUCAGGAAGCGCAGUGGGGGUGGACGAGGCGCAGGCCAGAGGACGCGCGGGCGCUGCAUGCGCUCGACCGCCCUCGGGUAAUGUAAUUGUCUGUGCACGACUGGGACGGCUCGGCCAGCAUAUGAACACUAUUAACGCAUCUUUGAUCGUUCUUUCUUGUGGUGGAUACGGGAGAAAAGGUCCUGCGAUUUUUCUUUUAGCUAAUGAACACGGCCAAUGUAUCUAUAACUGCUUCCGACUCGGGUUUUAUCUUUCUCUCUCAGCCCUCCUCU